UCGCAAUCCAGGCGUGCAGCCCAUUUAAAAUUUUGCAGCUUUAGUCCGCACAGAAUUGUGUCCCGAACUGGAGUGUUGCGGCGGAUCAGACGCGCGGGGGGCUGCAGGAGUUCUUGCGGACGAUAGCGGCAGUGGAGGGGGUCGUUCUCCACAGGGACUGAGAUGGUGAAGUUUGCCGGUGGCUCGAAUUGCUUUAUUGAUUGAAUUCAUCAGUCGCUGUACCAUGGCGAAGAGUGCCGAGGUGAAGUUGGCCGUCUUCGGGAGAGCAGGCGUGGGCAAGUCAGCUAUUGUGGUCAGGUUUCUAACCAAGAGAUUCAUCUGGGAAUAUGAUCCAACACUGGAGUCAACCUAUCGCCACCAAGCAACCAUUGAUGAUGAAGCAGUAUCCAUGGAAAUCUUAGAUACUGCUGGGCAGGAAGAUGCCAUUCAGAGGGAAAGUCACAUGCGCUGGGCAGAGGGCUUUGUCUUGGUUUACGACAUCACGGAUCGAAUCAGCUUUGAAGAAGUGAUUUCAUUAAAAAAUUUUCUGGAUGAAAUCAAGAAGCCAAAAAAUGUGACACUGAUUCUCGUGGGCAACAAAGCUGACCUGGACCAUUCCAGACAGGUCACCACAGAAGAAGGGGAGAAGAUGGCGACGGAAAUGGCCUGUGCUUUCUACGAGUGCUCAGCUUGCACCGGGGAAGGUAACAUCAAUGAAGCCUUCUAUGAACUGUGCAGGGAAGUGAGACGCCGCAAAAUGAUUCAAGGCAAGACGAGGCGGAGAAGCUCCACAACCCAUGUCAAGCAGGCCAUCAACAAAAUGCUGACCAAGAUUAGUAGUUAAGUUAGUGCUGGAAAGAAACCUGUUUAAAUACGGAAGAAUACUUAGAUUCAUAUCAUAUAAAAUAGGAAAUAAGCAGUCAAGGGUGUUAGCUUUCCAAGUAGCUUAUAUUCUGUCAAAUAGGCAAAGCCAAGCAUUCAUCUGACAGAAAAAAAUUGAUGUUCUAUAAUAUUAUAUAUCACAUUGAAGAGUGCGUGUCAGGCUGAUAACCCUUACUGUAUACACGUUUACUAAUAAAGAUGAAAUGGGAUGAAGUGAGGCGGAAAGAAUUUACUUCAAGUUUUUAUAUCUUAUGAUGGGUGUUCUCAUUUUGAGUUUGACUAAGGUUUCCAGUUCCAUUAGAAUUAAAAGUUUAAGCAGUGCAAUGCACAGGAUAGUUGUCUGCAAAUAGCAACCAGUCUUAACCAACGAUCUAGAUCUUGUCUUUUACUACAGUAGCUCAGCUGGUUAUGGUAAUGGCAAGUCUACAGAUCAGGUUUGCCUAGAAUCCAUUCCCAAUGUUCUGAACUGAGGGUAGUUGGUAGCAGCCUCUGGGAUAGGGGAGUGAGAAUAUUUCUUUGGUCCUCAUACCCAGUUACUCAGUAGCAGCCCUUGCUAGGUGUGUGAAUGUUUUCUCAAUUUGAUGACAGGGUUGCAUCUGUUUGCACCUCUUUCAAUGCAUUCCCACCCCCCCCCCCACCCACGAUAGUCAAAUUGACCAUUUAGCUCCUCAUCGCUUUUAUUAACGGUGGGCAAAACUGAAGGGCCAUCUCCUCCCAAGGAAUUGGAGCCUCAUCUUCUAGCCAGGACCUCAUAGGGCAGGGAGAGAACUGGGAAAAAGAAAAACUCUUCAUUGUACAUUGAUGUAAUGCCUGUUAAUAAAUGAACAGAGGAAAGACUUUUAAAUUGUAAAUAUAUGUGAGCUGUUUUCAAAUCUUCAAAUAACAUUGGAUCUCUUUAUUGAGAACAAUGUUAGUAAAUGGGAUCCUGCAGUACCGCUGCCUGUUUAUAAUAGAUGCUGCUGAUAAGGCAGUUCAUGCUUUGCUUGGAAAAGUUGACAGUCCUUUUAAACUGAAUCAGUGGUUAUCAAUAUUAAGUCCAUGCUUGAUUAUCUCAUGUUGAUUGUUUACACAGCACUUUGUACAAUCAGUAUAAGUAUGGUGUUUUUCAUUAGUUGAUGUUGUGGUCUGUCGAGCUUUCAAUUAUAUUCAUUAAAUAAUCAGUUAUUAAUGUAGCAAACAACUUCAAAACAUGUUGAAGGAUUUUAUGUUCUGUGUACAAUUUUCAGUUUUAUUUUCCCAUGAGAUGUAAAUUUAUUUGUUACUUUAAAAGUUAAAUGUUCCAAAUAAUUUCAGUAAAGAAAGUCCAAAUGAAUUAAAUAAAGUAGAAAAUAAUAUUAUGAUGAACUCCCACAGAUUAGAAAAUUAAUACAUCACAAAUUAGAAACCACUGUGUUAAAUGGAGAAGUAUGUAAAACGUUAUUGAACUGAUUUACCUCUGCGUGGUGAAAAUUUGUCCUCAUGUACAAUGGACUGACUUCUGUAGAGCAUUCCAAGUUUUAAAUACUGAACAAAUGUACAAAAGAUGCGUCCUCAUAUAUUUACAGCCACAUUAUUGUUGUAACUUGCUUUGUCAUGUAAAAUAAAUCCUGAAAUAUUUGCUUUUCUUCCA